AAUAAGGGGAUAGGAGGCCGGUCAGGUUGAGUUUUGAUUUCCGUAUAAAAAUGAAGGCAUUAUUGAUGAUCGUGUCCUGUGUCCCAAAUCACUGAUAAAUUAUGAAUACUCGAAUUAUUAUUUUACUUUUGUUCCUGGUUUCGAUUAUAUCCGGCGGAUUAAUUCAGAGCCGAGUGAAACGACAAUGGGGAGGAUGGGGUGGAGGUCCAGGAGGAUGGGGAGGGGGUCCAGGAGGAUGGCAACAACCUGGAUUUCAACAGAAAAAUUGGAAUAAAAAUAUGAAUAGAAACCAUAUUGCAGCAAAGCAAGAUCAAUAUAAUUGUCAAACAUCUGGAAUCAACUUGAUCGGUCUCCCAAUCAGUAGCUAUAAUUGUCGAAAUUCUGGAAUGUCUGCAAAUGUGAACGCUUUGCAACAAAGUCAUCAAAGUCAAGGAAUGAUGCAAGGACCUCUCGCAGGAUUUGGUGGAUUAUUGAACAAUUUUAUGGGAUGAAAAAUGCCAUUAUUUAUUAAGAACAUAUCCAUCAUUUUUAGUAGUUGUUGCUCAUUUGUUUCGAUCUCUUUUCAAUGACACAAACGUCCCGUUAUGAUGUUUCAUUCUCCUUUUUUUGAUUUUUAUAGAACACAAAUGCUGAAAAAUAAAUGUUUAAAUAUUUUAAUGUACAA